AUGAGUGGUGCAUCAGAAAACCCUAUUGAUGACAGUAACGAGGGUAAAGGUUCUUCUUUCCCCUCUUCAUCAACAAGAACGUUAAAACUUUUCGGUUUCCCAUUAACCCCACCGGGUUACGAAGAGAUUCACGUGGCAGGAAGUAGCACUAUUACUCCUCAUUGCCCUUACAAGAGAUUCAAGUGCCACUUCUGCUACCGCGAAUUCGCGAAUUCUCAAGCUCUGGGUGGCCACCAAAACGCGCACAAGAGAGAACGCCAGAAAGCUGCUCUCUCACCCUUGGGUUACUUUCACCGGCAUCAACGGUUGACAGCGCGAAAUAAUCCCCCGGUCGUGGUUCCGUACGGAGGAUCGGGAGCGUUGGUUGGUCCACGUGGCAGGGGUCAACGACCGUGGCUCAUGCGGGACGCUGAUGAGGGACCUUAUCAUGAUCACGAUCAUGAUAGGGUUCGGUCAGUGAGGCCAAUGGGUGCAAGUGCAAUGAGCAUGAGCACAGUGAGGGAAUGCAUACGAGACAAUUUUCUUCAACUCCAUAUAAACCCCAAGACACACAUUAAAAUCCUCACCCACGAAAGAAAAUCUGCCACCUCUUCCUGCGGCCCUUCCGUCGUCACCACCGUCGAUACAUCAAUAUACGGCGGAAGGUUGAGGUAG